GCGAGAUCCGAACGGCUGUGGCGGCGGUUCUGGUUCCUCCCUGAGGCGUCGCGAGCCCGGCUGGGUCUCUCGCUGGCCUGGUCUCCUCGGCAGCCAUGAGGCGGAGAGGCGCCGAGGAGGAGGCCUGCGGCGUGUGGCUGGACGCGGCGGCGCUGAAGAGGCGGAGAGUGCAGACACAUUUAAUGAAACCAGGCACCAAAAUGCUAACACUCUUUCCUGGAGAAAGAAAGGCUAAUAUUUCUUUUACUCAAAGAAGAACUCCACCUACAAGCGUUCAACAGAGAAGCAUAGCUUCCUUCUUCACCCUGCAGCCAGGAAAGACAAAUGGUGGUGACCAGAGGAGUGUUUCAUCUCAUAGAGAAAGUCAGAUCAACAAGGAGUCUAAGAAAGAUGCAGCCCAGCUAGACCAUUUGAUCCAAGGCUUAGAGGAUGGUUGCGUGGCACCCCCUUUAGCCACUUCAACCCCUGCAGACAUCCAGGAAUCUGGACUUUCUCCUCAGUCCCUCCAGACUUCUGGCCACCCCAGAACGGGAACCCCAUUUUUGUCUGUGUUAUCUUUGCUCCAGCCUGAUACCCUAAAUUGUGCUGGAGAGAGUAAUGCCUCACUGGCUUUUUCCUUCACUCAGGACUUGGAAAGUUCUUGUUUGCUGGACCAAAAGGAGGGAGAGAGGGAUUCUGCCAGGAAAAGAGAAUGGCUUCAUGAAUCUAAGAAGAACCAUCAGGGCAUGGAGAAACACUGUCAGCCCUUAGACAAGACUAAAUUGGAAAGGAAGGAGUCUGCCAAAGAAAACAGGCAGGCCCCUGUUCUUCAACCUUACAGGGAAUCCUGGAGUGGAAAGAACACAGAAUCAGUGAAACAAAGCCCUUGUCCUGUUUCUGUGUUUUCCUGGGAUGGUGAAAAGGACAAGGAGUCCUGGAGUCAGCUUUUUACUGAAGAUACUCAAGGCCAGCGAGUCAUUGCCCACGACACUAGAACUCCUUUCCAAGAUGUAACCAGUAACUGGAAUCGGGGCUUAGGGCAGUUUCCUAACAGCCCUUGGCCUCAGUACCAGGAUGGGCCAGCACAGUUAAAUCUGAAGCCUGAUUCACUCUUUACCCAGGACUCUGAAGUCCAAGCUCUAGCUUGUCAGCAAGACUGUUGCAGAAGAUUUCUCAUUGAGAGGCAGAAACAUCUGCGGUGA